CCAUUCCCAACCCCCUCCAGACUGGUGGGGGUCAUCCCGGUCUAGGAGACAUCCCUGCCGAAACGGGGCUUCACAGCACUGCGGCCUAAUCGGGCAGAAGGCACACUGAGACAAUACAAGAUGGCGGACACCAUGUGUCCAUUGCAGCCCAGCACCCAGGACCCACAUCUGUCCAUGCUGGACAGGAUCUUUGAGGACUUCUGGGCAAAGCUACAACACUGCCUCCAACAACCUCCCUUGCCGAAGCCACACCGUGGCCCUCCUCAUGAGCUGUCUCCCAGCACUCUACCCCCUCCAGUGACUCAAGCUCAAGGCCGAAAGCCUUCCACCUGCCAAAUAUGGCCAGAGAGGUUCUGCCGGACCACAGCCACUUGCACUGAGACCCACUUACUACCAAAGCCUACUCCAGCACACCAGGCAUCCCUGCCUCACAGCCACGGAAAGCAGCUAACAGACGCUGAGCACAGGACCGCACUGCUGCAGAAUGCUCCCCCCUCUCCUCUCGACAUGACGACGGCACACUACCGCAGCUUACUCUGAGAAGUCCCAAGAAUGCGGCGUCCUAGAUUUCUCCUAUACUCUCUACUCCUGCCUUCAGAAGAUCCUUGGAAUGUGGGACCGGUGGGGUGAAUCCAUCGAUAUAGCUGGACUGCAUCAUUCUAGUGGCAGUGCCUCCCCCUCCAAAGGCAUAGGCUAAAGUUAUCUACAGCCUGUCUUUCAAACUGCCUCUCUUACUGCAGAUAUGAUUAACUUGAUUAUUGUUUAUUUUAUUUUAUUUCUAAUCUGUUUAAAUCAACUAGUAGCUGUAGAUUGUUUAUAUAGUGUCCGGUGGUAUUUUCCUAUAGCUACUCAUCCUACUAGUGGUAUUCUAGGCAAGCUUACUAACGAUGCAUUAACCUAGCAUGCUUGUUUAAACCUAUGCAUACUAUAGAUUCUCCAUGUCUGGAAUUUCUCGUACGAUAGCACAUUUUGUAUUUUACAUGUUCCUAGACAUGUUUAACCAGCAUCCCUCUUAUUUUCUCUUUAAAAAGUGCAGCCGAUCAGGACACUUUAAGCUUUCACUAUAAGCAAGUAUUUUGUUCCUCUA